AUGCAAAACCUCUCUGCUGCCGCGCCAUUCGCAGCCGUACUGGCUUCCAGGACACUUAAUGUAGAUCUUCUCGCAGUAUUUUUCGUGACUUUCGUAAACCUUCUCUGGAAACUCCAGGUUGCAACCAAGACAUUUCCGCAAAUUUUUGGUGCAUUCAUUCAUCAGAUGGUGGUCUUUAGUGACCAAUGUGACUUCUUCGCCACACUUAUCGCAAGCAAGUGGCUGAUGAGGACAUUCAAAGCCCAGAAACCGCCGUUCUGUCAGCUUGCCACAGACUUUAUUAUCUAUUUCAUGAUCGCAUUCAAAGCGGGUAUGCUCGCAAUUGUUAACCAAGUGCUGUUUGAUCUGCCACCGGGGUCCAACCCAAGUGCACCCGCGGGGCUCGUUCAAACAUCGUACUUGGAGAUCAUCGGUAAUGUUGCUCAAUAUGAUUGGGGCGGGGAAGAUGUCGUUGAACGUUGUUUCGCCUGA